AUGGCUUUAACAUUAGCUAAUAAUAAUUUCGAAGUGAACAUUCACCCGGUGGCCUUGUUCAAUAUUGUUCAUGCAUAUGAACGUCGAAGUGAAAAAUUUGAUACCAUUCUUGGAACAUUACUAGGUACACGCGCCGCUGAUUCCAUCGAAGUGUUCGACAGUUUCGUUGUACCACAUUCAACGCAUAAUGAUGCUCUUUACAAUGUCGAUUAUGCAUCAACAAUGGCGAGCUUUUAUCGAAAAGUCAACUCAACUCAAACAACGGUCGGAUGGUAUUCAACUGGUUCUGAUAUGAUAUCAGGUGCCAAUUUGAUUCAUGAAUAUUACACACACGAAACACGAAAUCCGGUUUAUCUUCUUGUUGAUACAAGUUUAAAAAACGAUUCGAGUUUUCAAAUCAAAGCUUAUAUGGGAGCAUCAUUCGGUAUUAAAGAUAAAGAUAGAUUGAAAUCACAUGGAAUUAUUUUUACACCAAUACCUGUUCGAAUUGUCACUUAUGAUGAAGAAAAAGCAGCGACUGAUUUAUUCCAAGCUGGAAAAUUCAAUAAAGAUUUUCAAGUAAAACCACCUAGUGAACUUGAUCAAGUUCAGUCGGCUUUAGAUAAACUGUUACUCAUGUUAAACUACCUGACAUCAUACGUCGAUGGAAUCAUAGAAGGUAAAAAGCCAUCGGAUCCAAAGAUUGGUCGAAUGUUAAUGAACUUAAUCAAUACAGUACCACGGGUUGAUCCUAAGGAUCUUGAAAAUAUGAUCAAUACGAGCAUGAAUGAUCUUUUGAUGAUUCAAUAUCUAUCUCAAGCAGUCAAGGCCCAACUAGUUCUCAACGAAAAAUUAACCUCAACAUAA